AUGGGGGCUGCUGCCGGCGGGGACGCCCAGGAGGGGGCGGCGGCGGCGGCGGCUCCGUUGGACCCUGGGCGCGGGCUGCCCCUGCCCCGGGGGGCCGGGAGCGCUGCGGCGUCCCAGGAGAAGCUCUUCUUAAUCAAAGGUGGAAUUUUUCUAGGUACUGUUGCUACAGCAGGAAUGAUAGCAGGUUUUGGCACCACACUUGCCAUGACAAAAAAGAAGAACCCAGACUGGUUCAGUAAGGGGAUUACCGCCACAGCUGCAUUACCAGAGAGUGGUUCGUCACUGGCCUUACGAGCCCUAGGAUGGGGCUCACUCUAUGCGUGGUGCGGAGUUGGAUUGCUCAGUUUUGCCAUCUGGAAGGCUCUGGGUGUGCACAGUAUGAAAGAAUUCCAAACUAAAAUGCAGUCAAUGUUUCCAGCAAUUCCUAAAAAUAGUGGGUCCAGUGUUGAAUGGGAAGACUUACUUAAAUCCAAGUGAAAGACUCAGAGCCAUUUGGAGAUGUCUCUUUCAGCAAGAACAGGAGCGGAAGUAGCAGAAGCGUCCCAUCUGAAAACUAGAGAAGAAAACUCAGACUGAGCAAGUUACUGACAGUUCACUGAACCUGGGGAUGCCAGUUAACAUCUAGCAGCAAGGGAAUUAAAACCAAAACAAAGCAAAAAAAUUUAUAUUAUACUUUUCAGCAUGCUUGGUAUAGUUGAUUUGUGAGGAAAUGAACCCUCCAAGGUAAGUUGGAUCCAACUUGAAAAAAGACUCUCUCUUACGAAGACUUAAAGAAGAAACCAAUCUUCAGUAGUAAAUAUAAGGACAAAGCCGCAAUAAACUCUUAUCCCAUCCUGCAUCUUAAGAGGAAUUUGGGGAAAUUUCUCUAGGAAACAACAGUACUUUCAGUGACAUUUACAUGUCCCAUUAGGAAUAUAACCAUCAAGUCAAUUAUAAAAGAUCUGUUACUGAGCCUGAAGGUAAAGCAUACAGUGCACUUUUCUAAAAAUAAAGGAGAUGUUUAAAUUUGCAACAGAGAAAGUAUCUAAACGAAACUAUUUUUGUAUGUCUGAAGGGAAAGUUUAAAACAUCCCAUAUGCAAGUAGUGACCUGCUGAGCAUCUCAGUAGAGCAUCGGAAGAGAUCUCCACAAAGUGCACUGUUUUCUCAGUAUUAGCUUUUUUGGUUGGAUCCCACAAUAGUGAAUCUGAUAGUUUGCAUAAAAGUCUCUACUAUAUUUGUAUAGCAAUUUAAGUUGUAAGUGAAAAAGGUAUAAAAUAAUGAGACACCCAGUCUGUCCUACAAAAAUAUUUUCAGCUAAGAAAGUGUAUGGGCAGGGCUAGGUUUUUUGUAUUUCAGUGGUUCCUGUGGCUCUUCUACCAGGAGAAGCAAUGUGACAUUUUCCACACUGCAGUAAUCUCAUGAAGUGUGGGCGUAAACUAGGAGGAAUAAUGUCUUACUCAAACAUUAUAUUUGCAGAGCUGUAGAUCUGUAAAAAUGCAGAAAUAAAAAAAACGCUAUCAGUGAACAAUCCUUUGUUGAACGCUCAAUUAUCAGUUUUUUUUAUUAAUUGCACACAGUCCAAUUAGUCAGUUGUCAGAUUUAAUAAAGUCCUCUUAGAACCUGUCUUUUGUGAUUAAGUCUUUAUAUUCCUGGGAAAGAACAUAAAAAAAAGCUUUAAAUGUCAGAUGAAUAAUAGAGAAGUAUGGUUUUCCUAUGAAAUAUGACAGCACUAAAAUAAUAUCUUUAAAGCAACUGAAGUGUAAUAGUUGACAUCUUUUCCAUAGCUUGAUGCUUGUAAUCCAAUAUUAAAUAAAUUGUGGUGAAUACUGCCAUCAUA